AUUGCGGUUUUCACGACGAGACAUUUGGCUGGCGUCAAUGGCAUAAACACUCCGGCGGCAAUUAGCUGAAAUCAGGACAGAAAUCCCUGCCAAGGGUGCAGUCAAUGAGAUCCACCAACAGUAUGUGAGGGAACAGUGAGCCGACAGUCCAUGAUAUGUCCGGACACCCACGGCUUUCGACUCUCUGUCUGACUACCCCCGGUUCUGGCCUUUUCCUAUCGUUUUUCCCCGUUCGAUUGACGACUUGUGUGACCUCAACAUUGGCAUUUGUGUGUACAGCACCACGCUCUCCUAUGCGUUUUCUGCUGAAGGAAAAAUUCUACGUGCCAAGAUCAAUUUCCCUCCCAUUACCAAACACCGCCCUUUUGCCCAUGAGGCGCGAGUGCAUGAAGGAGAGGGGUACAUAUACCGUUUCGAUGGAUUUGCUUUUGACUCGUUGGAACUAGAGGAUGUUGGAUGGUUGGACCCUAGGAAAUUAGACGCAUGCUACAUUCAAUCUGAAAACCACUAUUCACCGUUAAACCUGGAGAAAUUGACCAUGUCUGUUCGUAUGAGUCUACC